CGGAUAGCGCGUCACCUGGUGCUUAGCAGCGAAAUAGUAGAGAUGUGGAUGUAAAAGUUUAUUGAGAACAGCUACUCAGACUGAAGACGUUCAAGUACAAUUUAAUGUACUGAAUUGUCAACUUUUCUUUUCAUGGAGAGAAACCGUAAUCAGCAUCGGCCUGUAACGGAGCGAAAACACGCAGCGUUUCGUGAAAGAGGCCCGAGCUUCCUGUAUUUCGGAAAGGGGCGGGGUUUGAAACAUGGGGGCGGGUCCAUUAUUUACGUGCUCCUGACGCACUGCUGUCAGUUGACCGUCGCAGUUCCAGCCCGCCCAGAGUUUUGCGCACGGGCUAAAGCACUUCCUGUUUCUUACUGUCACAUACUUAACUAACUACGGUACUGUGCGUUUCGAUAACUUUUUUGUGUUGUUGAGAGCGGACAGUUUUACUGAAGUAAGGAAGUCAUAUAGGGACAUGGAUGACUUUUCACUUGCAGAUGCCAUUGUGGAGGAUUCUCCUGGUAAAGCUCCCAAAAUAGGCAACACAAAUCCAGCCAGCUCGGCCAGCAGCGCUCCAUCCGCUGCCCCUGUUGGUUGGCCUGGUGCCGCACCCGGAGCCCCGCAUUUUAACCCGUCCGCUGGCACAGCCCAGCCCUCUGCUCCCUCUUUUCAAGGGCUACCGGGCCAGUAUCCUGGAGCUCCGGCUGAUUCUGGACAAUAUCCUUCAGGACCCGGUGCCCCGUCUCCAUAUCCGGUACCGCAUCCAGGUCCUGGCGCCCCGGGCCCGUAUCCCACACCACAUUCAGCUCCUACAGCUCCAGGGCCAUAUCCCACACCAUCUUCAGGUCCUGGAGGCCUAGGGCCAUAUCCUGCACCACACUCAGCUCCUGGAGCACCAGGGCCAUAUCCUGCACCACCUUCAGGUCCUGGAGGCUUUCCUCCCAGUUCCCAGUAUCCUCCUGGACAGGUCCCUUCUUUCCCUGGUCAGUACACUGCUGGAGGAAAUGCCCCUGGGCAGUUUCCAGGAGGGGCAUCUUCACCUUACUCACCUGGCAUCCCUGGACCAGUUCCCUCAGGUCCAGGGGCUCCUCCAGGACCUUUCCCCAAUCUUCCCUACCCAGGGGGGCAACCAGCAGGAACACAUGGACCUGGAGCUGGAAUUCCUGGUUCUUUCCCUGGGUUCCCUAGUGGAGGCUACCCUCCUAUACCUUCUGGGGCCUGGGGCCCACCUCAAGGCGGGCCUUUCCCAGCCCAACCAGGCCACCCUGGUUCUUUUGGUCCAGGUUCUAUGGGACCCUACCCUAAUCCUUCAUUUGGUGGACAAGCUCCUCAUGGGGGCACACUGGAUGUGCCAUACUACCUCCCACUCCAUGCUGGGGUGAUGCCAAGGCUAAUGAUCACAAUAGUGGGAGAGUCCACUUCGAAUCCUGAGAGGUUCCAUGUUGAUUUUGUGAAAGGCAAAGACACAGUGUUCCACUUUAACCCCCGAUUUAAUGAGCAGACCGUGGUGCGUAAUGCAAACCUGGAUGGACGCUGGGGCCCCGAGGAACGUGAAGGGGGCUUCCCAUUUGUUCAAGGAAAACGCUUUGAGAUUAAGAUCUUGGUGGAGCAGGACAUGUUCAAAGUAGCAGUGGAUGGAGCUCAUCUGCUGGAAUUUGAGCAUCGGGUUGGGGGGCUAACAGAAGUGACCCUGCUUCGUAUUGAAGGAGAUAUUCUCCUAUACAGUGUAGCCCCCAGCAUGAUCUAAAUCUUCAGUGACCGAAGCCAUCUGAGAAGUGCAUAACACACACAAAUCAUUCUGUGAAGGUGGUGUGUGAUGUAACUUCCAUCACACCUGUGCUGGAAAUGAGCAGUAUUCUUCUGGAUACUGUAUUAAUAUUGUGUGUUGUAUCAUGUAGAUCCAGGGUGGACCAUAGAAUUUCUAGUUCAGCCCCAGGGGUGUGAUGGAUGAAGCAAAAAAACAUAGCCACAUGUGAUUUAACAACUCCUACAUUUGUUAAAGAAAUUUUAAAAACCAAAACUCAUUUUACCUUGUUGUCAGGUAGAGCACAAAAAAAAAAUCAAAGACUUUGAAUGACCUAACAAUCAGUGUAAAAUUUAGUAUGUUUUCCACUUGACCAGCAGAUCAAAAUUCAACAAUAUCAAAAGUCAUCAACAUCUCAUCUCUGCCACUAUAGCAAUGUCCAGUUUGACUAAUUAUGACUAAUUAGUUUUUGAAGACUGUAGAUUUAUGGAACUGUGUCUAAUUAAACAUUAAAAUAACGUAGAAAGUGACAACUUCCAUUAGCAUGUUGAAUCAGGUGGGAGUACAUAUACCCUUCUGUCUUUUCAUGUAAGCCUGGAACUGCCAAUAUAUGUUCCUUUUUCUCAUUCAAGAAUACUCUAUUUUCAUAGCACAUUGAUUUUGCAUUGACCAAUGAAUGUGUUGCAACAGCAUAUAACAAUGUAAUGUUUUUUUUUUUUGCAUCAUCGCGUAAUUUAAAAAUUCAUUGUGUUCUGUUUUUGUUGGCAGUUCUGGAUCUUGAAACUUAGCUUCUUUCAGCACUACAGUGAAAUGCAGAG